AUGCUCCCGCAGCUCUGGGCUUGGUGGCUUUUCCCGCUGUUCCUGGCCCGCCUCGCCCAGCCGACCCAGAAGAUGAAGAUGGAUUGCUACAAAGGGGUGACGGGCACCAUCUAUGAGUACGGAGCCCUCACCCUCAAUGAAGAGGAGUACAUUCAGUUCAAGCGGUGUGCGGGCAAGCACGUCCUCUUUGCCAACGUGGCCACCUACUGAGGCCUGACAGCUCAGUAUCCUGAACUGAAUGCAUUGCAGGACGAGCUGAAGCCUUCUGGUGUCGUCAUGCUGGGCUUUCCCUGCAACCAGUUUGGAAAACAAGAAGCAGGGCAGAACUCAGAGAUCCUUUCUGGGCUCAAGUAUGUGCGUCCAGGUGGUGGCUUUGUCCCCAAUUUUCAGCUCUUUGAGAAAGGGGAUGUGAAUGGAGAAAAAGAACAGAAGGUCUUUACCUUCCUGAAGAACUCCUGCCCUCCAACCUCUGAUCUUUUGGGCUCAGCAAGCCAACUCUUCUGGGAGCCCAUGAAGGUCCAUGACAUCCGCUGGAACUUUGAGAAGUUCCUGGUGGGGCCUGAUGGAGUCUCUGUCAUGCGCUGGUUCCAUAAGGCUCCCGUCAGCACGGUCAAGUCAGACAUCCUGGAGUACCUGAAACAGUUCAAAACCGAGUAG